AUGAUAGAUAAUAUUCCUGUAAUAUUUUGCUCUAGUCUCUCUUUAAUUGGACAAUUGCUUAUAGUUUUAUUGUUUACUUAUUCUUAAAAAUUAAGAUAAGGAUUGAUUCCUAGAAUCAUACUAUAUCUAACAUUUAGUGGAAUAAUUUAAGUAUUGAAUUUAUCAAUUAGACUAUUGGCAUUUUAUGUUCAAGUUUUGAGAAUCCAAAAUGUACUAUAUUUGCCACUUUUCGAUUGUACGGUGGAUUGAGUUCUCUAAUAUGGAGUUCAAUUCUCAUUUAUUCAAUAAAGUAUUAAAGAAAUAUUGAAGAAGAUAAUUGUUUAUGGUACUUAGUUAGGAUAGUAAAUUCAAAGAUACGAGAUAGAUAUUUGAUUAAUUGUGUUCUCAGGAAAAUAAAUUUUUAGUGUGUUCAUAUGGAAUUCCUAUGAUAUUAAUGAUAUAUCCCAUAAUAACAGCAAUUAUUUUGACUGAAAGUAAUACAUAAUACUGUCUAUAUUAUCAUUAAAAAGAAGAUUCUUCAUAUUUAAAAGCAUAAUUAGACAUUCAAAAAUUAUUGUUUUGGAUUAUUCCUAUUUUUCUUUAUUUAGGUUAUAGUUUGACUAUAAUAAAAUAAAUAAAGUAACUUUUGGCUGAGGAUGAUGAUAAAAAAGAAUUGUAUGGAGAAGUUAAGAAAUUAAUAAAAUAAAUAUUUUUAUUUCCAACAAUUACUUUUAUUUGUACUUUUAGUUUUACAAUUGAAGACAUUUAAUCUCUAUUUUCACAUAGAGUAAAUUAUUUAAUUAAAAUAAGAUAGGAUCAAUUUAAACAACAAUAUCAUUUGUUUUCCUAAGUUUUUGGGGUUUUUUUAAUUGUGUUGCUUAUUUAAGUUAAGAACCUGUAAAAUAAUAGAUAUUAGAAUGGAUGAAAAUGAAUUAAUAGAAUUAAUAAUGUACAAUUAAUUCAUAUAUUUAGAGAGUUCCAGAUAGCUGAGUAGCUCCUAGUAGAAGAUGAAUAAGGAAAUACAAGAUUGAGUAUUGGAAGUUAAUGUUAUUAUUACAAUGAAUCCAGAGAAAAAAGUUGUGAUAAAUCAGUAUAAAUGACAGAACCUCUAUGA